CGCCAUUUCACCUCUCACUCAGAGACUUGCGAAUUAGGGUUUUUCGUCGUCGAGUCCAACAGCCCCUUUUCACUCCUCCACACCCUAGCAACAAUGGCGGCGCCUGCAAUCGAAUCCGUGCAGUGCUUCGGCCGUAAGAAGACCGCCGUGGCGGUGACCUACUGCAAGCGCGGCCGCGGCCUCAUCAAGAUCAAUGGCUGCCCGAUCGAGCUCGUGGAGCCGGAGAUCCUGCGCUUCAAGGCCUACGAGCCCAUCCUUCUCCUGGGCCGCCACCGCUUCGCCGGCGUCGAUAUGCGCAUCCGCGUCAAGGGCGGCGGUCACACCUCCCAGAUCUAUGCCAUCAGGCAGAGCAUCGCCAAGGCCCUCGUCGCCUUCUACCAGAAGUACGUCGACGAGCAGAGCAAGAAGGAAAUCAAGGAUAUCCUCGUCAGGUACGACAGGACCCUCCUCGUAGCCGAUCCCAGGCGCUGCGAGCCCAAGAAGUUUGGUGGUCGCGGUGCUCGCGCCAGGUUCCAGAAGUCUUACCGUUAAUCAUCGGACGGGACGGUUUCGGAACGCGGAGAAAGGAGAGGUUUUUUGUUGGUUACUUUAUGUUUUUCAGAUUGUGGUUUCAUUAGUGUUAAGGACCUGAAUGAAGAAUGUUAUGGAUUUUUUUUUUUGUUUUUAUAAUUUCUUGGAAUUUUGAGUAUGGAGACUAUAGUCUGUUUAAUUUCUGAUCAAUGCAAUAGUACUAUGAUUUCGGUUAAUCGGAA